GGAUCCCCGGACUCUCCGUCCGUCCCCGCCGGAUCCCCGGGCCCGAGGACGCUGGGAUCCCCCCCCCCGGCACCCCCCCGGGAUCCGGGGAGCCCCGAGUGUCCCCUCCUGGGGGGCCGCUGGCACCCAGAGACCCCCGGGAUGGAUUUUCCAAGGGGCCGGCACCGAUUUCGUUGGGAUUUUGACGAUUCCCGCCCCGUUCCCGGAGCUGCAGCGUCCCCGCGGCCCUCCCCGCAGGAUCCCAAGUGCCUGGGGACAUCCGGGGACACUGAGGGGACCCUGAGCGCUGGGGGUGGCCCUGUGGCCAACGGCCCCGUGGUCGUGGUCACCCCACAGCGAUGUCCUGGUGGUCAUCUGGGCCGUGGUCACCCCACAGCGAUGUCGCCGUGGUCGCCCCACAGUGAUGUCCUGGUGGUCAUCUGGGCCGUGGUCACCCCACAGCGAUGUCGCCGUGGUCGCCCCACAGUGAUGUCCUGGUGGUCAUCUGGGCCGUGGUCACCCCACAGCGAUGUCCCCGUGGUCACCCCACAGCGAUGUCCUGGUGGUCAUCUGGGCCGUGGUCACCCCACAGCGAUGUCCCCGUGGUCACCCCACAGCGAUGUCCUGGUGGUCAUCUGGGCCGUGGUCACCCCACAGCGAUGUCCCCUCAGUGACCCUGGCUGUGAUCACCCCACAGCGAUGUCCCCGUGGUCAGCCCAGCCCUGGUCACCCCACAGCGAUGUCCCCGUGGUCAUCUGGGCCAUGGUCACCCCACAGCGAUGUCCCCCGUGGUCAGCCCAGCCCUGGUCACCCCACAAUGAUGUCCCCGUGGUCAUCUGGGCCAUGGUCACUGCACAACGAUGUCCCCAUGGCCGUGGUCACCCCACAGCGAUGUCCCCUCCUGUCCUGGCCGUGGCUGUGACAUCCCCCGAUGAUUCUGGCCUUGGUGGCACCAUGGGGACACCCUCCCCCCCCCACCCAGUGGUCCUGGCCAUGGUGGCCCCCAGGUGACAUCCGCAGGUGAUCCCAUCCAUGGUGGCCCCCAGGUGACAUCCCCAGCUGGUCCCAGUGGUGGCCCCCCCAGGUGACAUCCCCAGGUGAUCCCGGCCCUGGUGGCCCUCAGGUGACAUCCCCAGGUGAUCCCAUCCAUGGUGGCCCUCAAGUGACAUCCCCAGGUGAUCCCAUCCAUGGUGGCCCCCAGGUGACAUCCCCAGGUGAUCCCAGUGGUGGCCCACAGGUGACAUCCCCAGCUGGUCCCAGUGGUGGCCCUCAGAUGACAUCCCCAGGUGAUCCCAUCCAUGGUGGCCCUCAAGUGACAU